GUCAUGAUGAUGAUGAUGGACUCAUGACAGGUGUCACUUCGUAAAGAUGUUAUGGUGUUCAAUAAUACGAAGACAAUUUUGUCGUCCACAGCUACAAAUACGCCAUUCAUCUUGCUCGGGUGCAGAGUCUAUAACUAAGAAAUCAAUUAUUCAGUCCUAUUCCAAAGAAAGUGUCUGCCCCGAAAACAAAAUUAGCAUAAUCGGAUUUGGAGCUGUGGGACAAGCACUUUGCGCAACUCUCCUGUUAAAAAAUGUUACGACUCACAUCGCCAUCACCGAUCCGAACCUCGAUGACCGAUUGCUCCAUGACUAUCAGUUUGGAUCGGUCUUCUUUAAGAACGCAGUAAUCGAGGGGUCUCGAGAUUACGCGGUCAUCUGCCAAUCGCGUAUCUGCGUGAUCGCGGCCGGGGUGCGUCCGCGAAAGGGCGUCACGAGGAUCGAUAUAGCGUCCGACAAUGUCAAGUUGCUGCGAUCCAUUAUUCCGAAUGUCGUUCGGCACUCUCCAAAUUCGAUCAUCUUAAUCAUCUCGAAUCCGGUCGACGUUCUGACGUGGGCCACGGCGCAACUGACCGGACUGCCGAAGCACCAGGUAAUUGGAAGCGGCUGCAAUUUAGAUAGCGCCCGUUUGCGAUAUCUCAUGUCGGAGAUCUACGGUGUUGCAUGCAGCAGCUGCCAGGGAUGGAUUCUUGGGGAGCAUGGCAAUUCGAGCGCGCCUAUGUAUAGCACUUGGACAGUUGGGGGUGCGUACGUUUCCGAUCUGAAUACCUCGAUGGGUUCGGCCAAUGACGUUGAUAACUGGCAAGGCAUUUACGAAAGGAUGCGAGAGGGCGGCGCGACUGUAAACAGUUUUAAGGGGUACACUAAUUGGGCGGUAGCCCUAUCGGCUACAGAUAUCAUUAAUACAAUCAUACACGAUACCAGGAAGGUCCACGCCGUCACUGUUUGUGCGAAUGGGUAUUACGGCUUGAAGACAGACGUGUACCUAUCGUUGCCUAGCGUUCUAUGCAAGAACGGUAUAUUGGAUAUUGUUCAGAUGGACGUUCCACAAUCGGAAUGGGAAAAGUUGAACGCAUCUGCCGAAUACUUGUACUCCAUACAAAAGAAGAUUUCUUUAUAAAGCAACCAAACAUCGACAUCAACUCUGCAUUGCCCUAUUUUUCCAAUA